CGAGUGCAGUCUCUGCACUCGUCUGUCCUCGGUCUUCCCCAACUCCCUUCGCCAUGUCUUCCAGCAUCGAACUCAUCAAUCCCAAGGCAGAGAGUGUCCGCAGGGCAGCUGCCCUUCAGGUCAACACGACUGGUGCAAUGGGCCUCGCAAACGUGGUCAAGGGAAAUCUCGGUCCGAGGGGUACCCUCAAGAUGCUCGUCGACGGUUCCGGCCAAAUCAAAAUGACCAAGGACGGCAAGGUCCUCCUUUCCGAGAUGCAGAUCCAAAACCCUACCGCUGCCAUGAUUGCCCGCACCGCUGUCGCCCAGGAUGAUCAAGUCGGAGACGGCACCACCUCAGUCGUCCUCCUUGUCGGCGAACUACUCAAGCAGGCCGAUCGAUACAUCUCCGAGGGUGUUCAUCCAACCGUGAUUGGAGAGGGCUUUGACAUCGCAAAGAAAGAGGCUCUCGAGUUCCUCGACAAGUUCAAGAGACCCGUCAACCUUGAUCGUGCUACCCUCAUCAAUGUCGCAUACACUUCCCUGGCCACCAAAGUCAACUCUGCCCUCGCGAAACAGCUUGCUGCUGAAGUUGUGGAUGCCGUUCUCACUAUCCGACCUCCUCAUCCCUCCCCAGAUGCGCCUCAUCAAUUCCGUGAGCCUAUCGACUUGCACAUGGUCGAAAUCAUGAAGAUGCAACACAGAACUGCGUCAGAAACGCAGCUCAUCCGUGGUCUCGUCCUCGAUCAUGGUGCAAGACAUCCCGACAUGCCCAAACGCGUUGAGAAUGCUUAUAUCUUGACCCUGAACGUCAGCCUGGAGUACGAGAAGACGGAGGUCAACUCUGGAUUCUUCUACUCUUCAGCGGAGCAGAGGGAAAAGCUCGUCGAGUCGGAGCGUCGGUUCACCGACGCGAAGUGCAAAAAGAUCGUCGAGCUCAAGAACCUUGUAUGUGACCAGGCCGUAGGCAGCAAUGAGAAGAAGAAAAACUUUGUCGUCAUCAAUCAAAAGGGCAUCGAUCCUCUCAGCUUGGAUAUCUUGGCGAAGAACGGUAUCCUUGCCCUGCGUCGCGCGAAGCGACGUAACAUGGAGCGAUUGCAGCUGAUCUGCGGAGGCACCGCGCAAAACUCGGUCGAUGAUCUCACGCCUGACGUCCUCGGAUGGGCAGGGCUUGUGUAUGAGCACACGCUCGGCGAGGACAAAUUCACGUUCGUCGAGGACGUCAAGGAUCCAAAGAGCGUGACGCUCCUUAUCAAGGGUCCCAACCCGCACACCAUCCAGCAGACUCAGGACGCGCUUCGCGAUGGCCUCCGCGCGGUCAAGAACGCACUCGAAGACGAGGCUUUGAUCCCCGGUGCGGGUGCGUUCGAGGUUGCGUGCGCAGCGCACCUCAACGGACCUGUAAAGAAGUGCGCGAAGGGUCGGGCGAAGAUGGGCGUCCAGGCUUUCGCGGAGGCAUUGCUCAUCAUCCCCAAGACCCUUGCCGCGAAUGGUGGAUACGACGUACAGGACGUGACCGUUGCGCUGCAGGACGAGGCAGCUGAUGGCAACGUAGUUGGCAUCGACCUCGAGUCGGGCGAGCCAUUUGACCCGACUGUGCAAGGCGUAUGGGACAACUACCGCGUGAAGCGGCAAAUGCUCCACUCAUGUUCCGUCAUCGCGGUUAACCUGUUAUCGACCGAUGAAAUUUUGCGAGCAGGACGUAGUUCAUUGAAGCCAGAUGGGCAGCAGUAGACGAUCAUAAAGCAGGUGUACUAAUACAGCAGCGAUCCAAGCAUCUAUCUCACCAUACGGACUGUCCCACCCGAG